CUGAUCAGGAGUUAUGAAGACGGCAUGCAUGAACUGAGGAUCUAAUAUCCCCCUUCCCUUGAAUUAACAAGCCCACCUUAUGCAGAGAAGGUGUUUCAUACUUCAGAUCAAGACAUGCGUCUAUUCUUCUUCUACUGAAAACAAGAAAGAUUUUAGUUCACUGGUUUUCCUGAAGUACACAAUGCCUUCCAGAGACGCUGCUACAAGACUACCAAAUCCAUGAAGAGUAACAAAGACAAUGGCAGCACACUGGGUUGACACUUCCAUUGAGCAAUCCACUAUGACCCCAAGAUCGUUUUUGCUCUCAGUCUCAGAAAUGGAACAUUACCUCGUAGGGUUUUGGGAUAAGCAGCAGGUGCUGCAGUGCUGAGUGAAACUACCACACACAGGCUCAAAUGAAGUUUCAGAAAUUAAAACUUUUACAACCCAUGAUGCACCCCAUAUCAAUUGCCACCAGCGUGUCUCCUGAAAAGCAUUUGUCCUGCAAAUCAGCAAUAAUAAUGGGGUCCAAUGUGUCAUAUGUGAAGCUUUCAGAUCAUUACCAUCAACUGGGCCAAGAUAACAGUAUUUCAACCAAUUAUUCACAAGGUCUGCUUGGGAAUUCUACAAAUAAUGAGUUUACAACUAUUGUUUUACCUGUGCUUUACCUCGUCAUCUUCCUGGCAAGCAUCUUGCUGAAUGGCUUGGCAGUAUGGAUUUUCUUCCACAUUCAAAACAAGACAAGCUUCAUUUUUUACCUUAAGAACAUUGUGGUUGCGGACUUGCUAAUGACUCUGACAUUUCCAUUUAAAAUCAUUCAGGACUCAAGAAUGGGGCCAUGGCACUUCAAUUUCUUCCUAUGCCGUUACACAACAGUUCUGUUUUAUGCCAACAUGUACACCACAAUUGUAUUUCUUGGACUCAUUAGCAUUGAUCGGUAUCUAAAAGUGGUGAAACCAUUUGGAGAUUCCCGGAUGUACAGCAUUACUUUUACCAAGAUUCUGUCGGCAUGCGUUUGGAUUGUUAUGACAUUUUUGGCAGUGCCAAACGUGAUCCUUACAAAUGGUUACCCAACUAGGAAAAAUAUAGGUGACUGCUUAAAACUUAAAAGUCCUUUUGGAAUAAAGUGGCAUGAAGCAGUCCUGUAUGUCAACAACAGUAUGUUUAUCAUUGUACUGACAGUCCUAAUAGGAUGUUAUAUUGAAAUAUCCAAAUAUAUCCAUAAAUCAAGCAAGCAAUUUAUUAGUGCUUCAAGUCGCAAACGGAAACACAACCAAAGCAUAAGGGUAGUUGUAGCUGUAUUUUUUACUUGCUUUGUACCGUAUCACUUGUGCAGAAUACCUUUUAUUUUCGGCCAUCUGGAUAAAUUUUUCAGCGAUCCAGCACACAAAAUCCUGUACUACUGCAAGGAAGUCACUCUUUUCCUGUCUGCGUGUAACGUGUGCCUAGAUCCAAUUAUCUAUUUUUUUAUGUGUAGAUCAUUUUCACGGAGGCUGUUCAGGAAGUCAAACAUGCGAACAAGGAGUGAAAGCAUUAGAUCGCUUCAGAGUAUCAGAAAAUCAGAAGUGCGCAUAUACCAUGAUUACACUGAUCUGUGA